GUGGAGCCGCGUGCUGACCUACAACCAAGUGGUAGGCCCGGUGGUCAUCCGCCAGCAGCGCAGUCAGAAGGUGUGGUGCAACGAUGCGGAGGGCGUGUCUGGCGACAUGUACUGCUUCGACCAGCGCUCCAUUUCGGACGCCACAUUUGGGAGCCAGGAGAAUGUGUCUAUUUCCACGCCCAUGUCCAGCGAAUACGAUGGUGGAGACACCACGCUGGAUCAGCGGAGAGCAUAUUGGGAUUCAGCCUUUGCCGCUUCGAGUAGCGCCCGCAGGCUGGCGAGGGAAACGCGGCCAGAGUUUGACAUUAUGCUGCCACCACCGCACGAGACGGCCAACUACAUCGUGGCCAUUUUUCCCAACACGCCCAUCCACCUCAUCACAGAGCACCUCCAGUACAUCAAGACCAAGGAGUGGAUCGAUGCCCAGAGCAAGAACCUGGACAUCCAGGCGCUCUUGGUCAACGCGGAGGUUGGAAGGCCGCGCCUGCAGAUGUUCUCCUUCAACAUCGCCUUCAGCCGAGGGGGUGGGCUCUUCACCAGCGUGAAGAUGGACAGCAUCUUCCUGAAGUCUUUUCAAAAUGUUGGGUCCAUCGUGGUGGACAUCGUCUUUGUCACCUUCCUCUUCGGGAUUUUUGUGAUGGAGCUGGUCCGGCUGUGCAAAGCGGUAAAGAACCGCGAGGCUCGGAAGCACAUCAGCAAGGGCUGGACUGUCUUGCAAGCCCUGACCAUUUUGGGCGGCAUCGCGGUGGUCGUCGGCUACUGCGUGGAGUUCUCGCUGCGCGACGAUGUGGUGGAGUCCUACGAGAUGGUGGUGCAGAAGCAGCUCCAGGACAUGCCGGCAGACACCAACAACGAUGGCAUCGCCCUGCUGGACAAGGUGGCCUACAUGUCGUGGUUCGCCGGGAACUUCCGCAUGGUCACCGGUGUGUACUGCCUGCUGUGCAUGGUUCGCUUCUUUACUUCCUUCGGGGCGCAGCCGCGCCUGGCUGUGGUCACACGGACCCUGGAGGUGAGCGCUUUCGACAUCGUCCACUUUCUGGUGGUGCUGGCGCCCACCUGGCUGGCAUAUGCACUGGCUGGCUGCUUCAUCUUCGGCCGGCGCAUGGAGGAGUUUGCGACGCUCGAUAGCGCCGUCGGUUUUUGCUUCAAGCUGAUGAUAGAGGGCGAGUAUGACUGGCCGUACUUCUCUGAAGAGAACUACUACACCUGCAUGUUCUGGGUGUGGACCUUUAUGGUCUUGCUGAACUUGAUCAUGUUGAACAUGGUUCUGGCGAUCAUUUUGGACGUCUAUGGCUCCAUUCGGCGUGAGACGGGCAAGAGUGAGACUGCGUGGCUCACUUUGUGGCGGAUGAUGCUGCAGCUCUACAGACGAAGGGUCUGGGUGAACAGCACCAAACUGCUGGAGGCCUUGCCAACCAUGCCAGAUGAGAUCAAGCAAAAUGAUAUCUUAGACACAUUCCCAGAGAUGUGCAAAGAGCAGCUGCAGAUCCUCAUGGAGGCUUGCCACUUCCAGGUUACUAUGGAUGACCUGGCAGCCGCGGGUGGCCAGAGGGCUAUGAAGAUGGCGCUCUCCUGCAAACUUGCCAUCGACAAGGUGACCGAGACGGUCUCAGCCUUGCACGAUGGCACCUUGGAGAAGGGCGGAGACGAUGGCCCGGGCUCGGAGUGGGUGAAGAAGUUGGCGGAUGAGAUGGCAGAGCAGAACUUCCUGAUGCAGAAGCUGCAGAACAAGCUGAAGCUUGUGGAGAAGCACUGGCAGGUCAUCCUGGAGAAGGAGGCGGAGGAAGCUUUAGACAACCAGGAGCAGGAGUGAUAGAACUUCACUGCCAGCUCUUGCUCGCGUGCGAUGGCUCCGCUUGUGUUGCCCUCGCGCGCCAUUCUUUAGCUAAGCCCACAGUCCGGGCCCAGUGGCCGUGGUCAGAAUUGGGAAGCUCGUGUUGAUGGGCGUGUAUCUUAUGAAAUGUGCGCGGAUGGUC